UACUUGUACCAAGCAGUUGGAAAGGUACUACUUCAGGAAAGAUGUGGCUGCUUUCCCUGGUCCUCUGCUCCCUCACUGCUAUCUCCAUUCAGGGGAAGCAGUCUUCAACACCUGUAGUGAACACUCAAUAUGGAAAAGUCCAAGGCAAAUAUGAGAGCCUAAAAGGAUUUGACAAAACUGUCAAUGUUUUCCUGGGUGUCCCUUUUGCCAAAGCCCCUCUUGGACCCCUGAGAUUUACUCCACCACAGCCUGCAGAACCAUGGGACUAUGUGAAGAAAACAACUACGUACCCACCCAUGUGUGCCCAAGACCCAGUGGCUGGACAAUUACUCUCUGACCUUUUUACCAAUCGGGAUGAAAAAAUUUCCUUGAAAAUAUCUGAAGAUUGUUUAUACCUAAACAUUUAUACCCCUGCUGACCUAUCAAAGAAGACCAAGUUACCUGUGAUGGUAUGGAUCCAUGGAGGGGGUUUAUUGGUGGGUGCUGCAUCAACCUAUGAUGGGCUGGCCCUCUCAGCCCUAGAGAAUGUGGUGGUAGUAGCAAUUCAGUAUCGCCUGGGUAUCUUUGGAUUCUAUAGCACUGGAGAUGAACAUGCCCGAGGAAACUGGGGUUAUUUAGACCAAGUGGCUGCACUCCAGUGGGUUCAGGAUAACAUUGCCAAUUUUGGAGGAGAUCCAGGCUCAGUCACCAUCUUUGGAGAGUCAGCAGGAGGUGUCAGUGUUUCAGCCUUGGUUUUAUCUCCAUUGGCCAAGAACCUUUUUCAUCGGGCUAUUUCUCAGAGUGGAGUUGCCUUAACAGAGUGUCUGUACAAUUCCAGCAUCAUGGCAGCAACUGAGAAAAUUACAACUUUUUCUGGGUGUAAAGCAAUCACUUCGGCCAGCAUGGUUCAUUGCAUGAAGCAAAAGUCAGAGGAGCAACUCCUGGAUGCAGGUCUGAAAUUGGGAUUAUUCGGGCUGGAUUUCCUGGGUGACCCCUUGGAGAAAAUUUCUUUCAUACCUGGAGUCAUUGAUGGAGUAUUUUUACCUCAAAGUCCUGAAGAGCUCCUGGCUGAAAAGAAGUUCAAUCAUGUUCCCUUUAUCAUAGGAAUCAACAAUCAUGAAUUUGCCUGGAUUCUUCCAACUUUGAUGGAGUUCCCUUUCUCAGAUGGCUUACCAAACCAAGAAACAGCAAAAAACCUAUUAUGGAGCACCUACCCACUUGUUAAAAUCCCCAAAGACCUUAUUCCUAUUUUAAUUAAGGAAUAUCUUGGAAAGGCAAUUGAUCCUAUUAAAAUACAAGACCAGUUUGUGAACUUGAUGGGAGACUUGAUAUUUGGAAUUCCAUCUGUGAGGUUGGCUAGAUUUCACAAAGCAUCAGGUGCACCCACGUACAUGUAUGAAUUUCAACAUCGGCCAAGCUUCUCAGAAAACUUGAAACCAGAAACAGUGAUGGCAGACCAUGGGGAUGAAAUUUUCUCUGUCUUUGGGGCUCCAUUUCUGAAAGGAGGAUCUCCAGAAAAAGAGAAGAAACUUAGCAGGACAGUGAUGAAAUAUUGGGCCAACUUUGCUCGAAAUGGAAAUCCUAAUGGGGAAGGACUGCCAAAAUGGCCUGAUUAUAAUCAGAAUGAAGACUACCUCCAAAUUAACAUCACCCCCCAAGUAGGCAAAAAACUGAAGGACAAAGAAGUGAAAUUUUGGACUGAUAUCAUGUCAAAGAAGUCAGCUGAGAUGAAGAGAGAACACAUUGAGCUUUAAUCUAGUGUGGUUUGCCAUCAGGUAGUAAAGAAGCCUCAACAGACCCAGAAAGCAAGAGCUUUUGCUUUUACUUGGUUUGAAUGUUUGGGCCUUUGGUGGUCAGCAAGCUUUUUGACAUAAAAGUAGAGGGGGAAAAAUUUGAAUCAGCAGAAUGUCAGCCUGAUGGAGGGAGGUGAACAUAACUUAAGCACUGGAGACCACAGAAAGUCUAACAUUACUUUCUCCUCUCAAUGCUCUGAUGAACCAGCUUUUAGUUGGUGAAGCUAACUUUCAUUUGUACUAAAUAAAAUCCAUUUUAUUUAGAAUUCUU